UCAAGCCUGACUGGAUUUCUUGCACCCCCUCCCCUACAUCACAAAUCCACGAGAACUUAAUGAAACCUUGAUCAACUCUGCUGAAGAAUUCUUCUCGCCUCCUCCACUGCUCUUGUUUUCUGUUUGUUACAAACUCAUAAAUAUGUGUACUUUUGGGUUCAUGCAAGGUCUCUUGAAGAAGGCGUUGGGUACCAAAAAAUUUGUGUUGGUCCUGAUCAAUAUAACAAUGAGGGUGGGGAUGGGGGGCGUAGUAAAGCUGAUAAUAAAAGAUAACAAACGACCUUUAUUUACUCUCAGUCAGUGCUUAAGGAGAGCCAAGCAAUUAAAUUUCAGAAGCAAAUAUUUCAUAGUGAGGUUAUAAACACCAACUAACUGGCAGAAGGCAAACCAGCUGACUAUUUACAAACUGUGCCGAGGAGUUGAACUCAGAUCUACCGUGAAACGACACCAGUUAGUUGACAGAGUGAAACUUGAACCCGCCUCCUCUGACCUGGACCUCCUGAUCGGAAGUUCAGCGGACUAACCACUCAGCCAUGCUGCCAGGCUACUUCCUUUUGUGAUGAGGUUUAUAUAAUUGCCCAAAAUGCUUGUAGGCAUCAUUUCUUCCUUUUAAAUGAUAAAUAGUCAGGGCCAGUACACAUAUGAUGAUCAUUCUUCCAAGCAGCUGGUAGCACCAUCUUCAGUAUGCUGUAUAUAGUGGCAUAGAAAACUACACAAAUGAUUUGGUCAGAAUUGACACUUGCACAUGCUUUUAUGUCAAACAAUAGCUGGCUGGCUGAAGUGGCCAUAUUAGUUAGCAAUUCUAUGAACCAAUAAUGUACAUGCCUGUACAUGUGUGCACAAGUUAAAAGUUAUGGACUGAUCAGUCUGACCGGGUUAAGAUCAACUUGUAUCAAAAUCUACAUACUGGUACCCAUCAUACAAACUGAUAUAUUUAUUACCAUUCUGAACAUACCAGCCAUAAAGUUGGACAGUCGACAUGGCCUCAGGCAGUAGGUUCAUACAUUUUGGCACAAGAUUAGUUGUUUUUCUCAUUUAAGUUAAUAUUGAUAUUCCUUUUUGACAGUGUCGUCAUUAACCCUAACACCAGCUGUGGAAUGUGUGAUAACUGUACCAAAGGAGUGCCACAUUUCUGCAAAUUUGAAGGUGUGAAAGGCACUAUUGGUAUCAGGCGUAAUGGAGGAUGGGCACAGUAUUGCCGUCUGCCAGCCAAGAAUGUUGUUCCUUUACCCCAUCAGCUGUCAUUUGAACUUGGCUUGUUACUGGAACCAAUGUCAUGUGUUGUACAUGGCUGGAAUCUUUUACAGCCGAUCUCUCCUGAUUCAGAGAUCUUAAUUUGUGGAGCUGGAAGCAUGGGUCUUCUGUUCAUGUGUUUGUUACACUUCAGGGGUUACAGAGAAGUUGUUGUGACUGAGCUGUUAAAAGGUCGUCAGAAAAUUGCACAGAAGCUUGACUUUGGUUUUCAAGUAGUACAUCCUGAAAUUUUAGUUUCGGAAGCUAGAAAUGCAAAGCACGAUGGUGAUGAAGACUGGGGUUUUGACAUUGUCAUCGACUGCUCUGGGGAUCCAAAGACCCUUGAACAAGGGGUUCAGUGGUUACGUCAAGGAGGAAAAUUUCUUCUGUUUGGAAUUUCACCUGCAGGAUCCGAAGCAAAAAUUGAUCCACAUGAAGUUUAUGCCAAGGAACUGAAGAUCAUAGCAUCCAGGAUUAAUCCUUUUACCUUCUCCUCAUCUAUGCAGAUAAUACAGGAUAUGGGAGAACGGUACUUGAGUUUUGGGAGGUUAGAUUAUUAAAAACGAAAACUGAGAAUGGAACAGUGUUAUCACGUUUUCAAAUUUAUCAGAAGCCUUACGACUAACAUAUCACAGGGAAUGAAGAGGAUUAGUGAGUGUAAUUAAAAUGUAACAUAUACAGCUGUAUUCUUUCUGAAAGGCAAUCAGCCAAGGCUUUCCCAGUAGAAUUAGUUCAUGCUUUGAGCUGUCCAUAUAUUGGGUUAUAAUGCUCUUAGCAACAUGAAAAGUACUCGAGAAGCUAGAGUUGCUCUAGGCAUAAACACUUAUGCUCCUCUUGUCUCCAAACUCUCCUAUGUAUAACUGGAUGAAGCUACACUAAACAUGAACCAAUUCUUAAAUCAUAUUCAGGGAUGUUGCUAAAGAAAGAAAAACAAACAAAAAAAGAAAUACUGGCUGGCUUUUUAACAAACUGAGCCAGCUUUUUUCACCUUGACACCUUGAAAGUCACCCAAAGUCUUUGUUUUGUAGUCAAACUUCCUCAGCCCAUGAUGAGCUCUCUUCAGUUAAAAUUAGCAGCAAUAGGUUCUCAGCUACAUCCCUGUAUAUUACUACAUUAAUAAUGAAAAUAGUAACAAAACAGAAAAUAUUGCUUUGUAUAUUUUUAUUCGUCUGCAAGUUCAGAGUACACUGCUCUAGGUUUUAUCUAAGAAAUUAAAAAAUAUAUAUACAGGACUUUCAACAUAGUUGUGAUAAAUUAAAAAAUUGGCAAAGGUCAACAAUAUCAAAUUGUACAAUAACAUCAUAAGGCUUAAAUAACAAAAGGUGCUUAAUAUUGUACAUUAUUGAGAAAAGACCAUGUACACCCAUUAAAGAAAGCUUGCUGGAUUUUGCAAAAAAACA